AUGCGUUGGCUGCACUGCUCAGGGGCUGACCGCACGUCUCGUCGCAUCACCGUUCAAGUCGCCCAAGAGCUGGGCCCGUUUGUCGACUGCACCUCCAACCAGGCAAUCGCCUUCUUCGAACUCUCGCGGCCCGCAUCCGGUGGCGAUGGCGGCGCGCAGCUCCAUCACGCCGCCUUGAUACGGGAAGCCCUCGAUGACGCAGGCGGCAAGCUGAAGCACCUGCGAGAUGGCCUGCCGCUGGAAGAGUUUGUCGUCGAAGUUCUUAUGGUCAAGCUGCAGCUGCGCAUCGCGCCCAGCGUGACGGGCUACCUCCACGUCCAGACGAAUCCCAAGCUGUCGUUUUGCACGGCCGGCACGAUCAGCAACGCAAAGCGCAUCGUGGCCAUCUUCAACGCCCUCGCUCCGGACUUGAUUCCCCGCCGUCGCGUCUGCAUCAAGAUCCCCGCCACGUGGGAGGGCCUGCAGGCGUGCCGCGCCCUCGAGGCUGAGGAGGCCGAGGAGGAGGAGCAAGGCAUCGCCACGCUCGCGACCACCAUGUUUUGCAUGGAGCAGGCCGUCCUGGCCGCCGACGCGGGGUGCACGUACAUUGCGCCCUACAUCAACGAGCUCAAGGUGCAUUUCGAAAAGGGGUACGUCGAUGCGAACAAGGCCUUUGCCUUUUGCCGCGAGGCGCAGGCAUACUACGUCGCGCGCGGCCACCGCACGCGCGUGCUCGCCGCGUCGCUGACCUCGGUGGACGAGGUGAUGCAGCUGGCGGGCGUGCAGCACGUCACCGUCGCGCCGGGGCUGCUGCGCGAGCUGGCGGCCCGCGAUGCGGCGUCGUCAACCUGGGACGGCGGCAGCAGCAGCAGCAGCAGGCUGGGUGAAUACUUUGCGCAAGGACAACCAGUGCGAGAGGACAUGGAGGCGUCCUGGGAGGGCGUGGGGUACGACGGGUUGGUGAGGGAUGAGGGCGCGUGGAGGCUGGCGUUUGCGAGGAGUGGGUUUGGUGCGAGCGAGGGCAAGAUUGUGCAGGCUGUGAAUUACUUUUGCGAGUUUCAGGAGGAGCUGGAGGAGCUGGUUAGGGGGCGGUGCUGA